UAAAGUCGAUUUUAUUUUAAUCAUUUCAUAAACUGUAACUAGAAAAACCAAUCUAGCUCAUUGGAAGAAAAGUUCUUUCUUUCCAGGAUGAUGCUGAAGCCACCCAGUAAAUGUCUCCUCCUCUUCGGAUGUAUUUGUGAAUCUAUACAGAGAGAAUUCAGUUCUUGGCUUGUGCUAUGAACCUGGAGUACAGCUAAGCUUGCAAAGGCACAAGAGGUUUUCUGCAGCAACUUUAAGUAUCUCCCAGAUCUCCCAGCCUUACAGAGGGCUUUGCACAGUAAUCUCCAAUGUUAUGACAAUUCUUGCCAAGAGGAGAGCGGGGAUUUUUUUUUCUUGGUUGGUCUAACGUCUCACUUUCUCGGCAUCAAUUACACUCUGCUUCCCUUGAUUUACUGUACUUUAUGCAAAGGACAGGCAAGCGCAUCUUUCUGCAAGAGAGCUUUUUGGAAACAUUGCUCGUUUUAGCAUGCAACAACCUUUGCCUAAUUUCCAGAGGAAAGAGUCGGAAUAUCAAUUUCUUUGUAAAUGUGUAUGGUGAUAUUUGCUCCGCUUUUUGCAAUCUUUGCAUUUGCAACAUGUGGUGGUUACUCCGGAGAACUAAGAGUCAGCGUGGACUGCGCCAACAGAACCCAGAGCGACCGCCGCAUUGACAUCCAAGUGGCCUACCCAUUCAGGUUGUAUCAGGUGAAUUUUGAUGCACCCACAUGCGAGGGGAAACGAAGGGAAAAUCUCUCGCUGAGCGGAGACUUUUCAUCUUCUGCUGAGUUCUUUGUCACAAUUGCUGUGUUUGCCUUCCUCUACUCUCUGGCCGCCACAGUAGUCUACAUCUUCUUCCAGAACAAGUAUCGGGAGAACAACAGGGGGCCUCUAAUUGAUUUUAUCGUAACCGUGGUCUUUUCCUUCAUGUGGCUUGUAAGCUCAUCGUCCUGGGCUAAAGGACUUUCUGAUGUAAAGGUGGCCACAGAUCCCGAUGAAGUCCUGUUACUGAUCUCAGCUUGUAAACAGCCGUCGAACAAGUGUGCGUCAGUGCGGAGUCCUGUCAUGUCAAGCCUGAAUACUUCAGUGGUUUUUGGAUUCCUGAAUUUUAUUCUGUGGGCUGGAAACAUAUGGUUUGUCUUUAAGGAGACAGGCUGGCACGCUUCUGGGAAUAGAUAUCCCCAAGAGCCAGUGGAGAAACAGUCUGGUAGCCAAUCUUUAAACCAGGGUGGAUACAAUCAAGACCCCUAUGGGCCAACUCCACCAUAUAAUCAACCACAAGGAGGCUUCGGCCAGCAGCCAAGUUUUGGACAGCCCGCUGGAAUUGGACAACAAAACUUUAACCAGUCACGGUAUAACCAAACUGGUCCAACAUCUUUUGCCAACCAGAUUUAAUGUGUUCCUCUGUGCCGACCACAGACACCUUGACAAGGUCUAAUUCCGGGAGGAAUGAUACAGUGUUUUUCAAAUUUGGUGCAGUUUCUUGAACCUGCCACAGUACAAAUGGUGAAUCAUGGUAUUCUAGUACGUAUAGGAAACGGUGCAGAUCAGUAAUGUAUAAAAUACCAGUUCAUUGUAUUUUACGUAGACAUCCUAAUAUGUGACAAAAAAUGCAAAUUUUAUUGUUCUAAUAAUAGUACCUUUCCCUUGACUCCUGCAUGCUACAUUAUUCUCAGAAGUUGCGUGUUUGAUGUUACUCCUAUUUUGCCUGUAUUUUGUUUUUCCGCAUGAUCCUGUACAGUAUGGUUGGACACUGUUACUAUUGCGCCAUACUAUAACUUUUUAACAGUUAAAUGAAACAGAUGCUGUACUGUAACCAUAUAUGCUGUAUCAUUGUGCAGAGUUGAACUAUUCGUUGUAGUUUUGGGUAUUUCUAUAUGCGAAACUCACAAUGUUUUUCACCCAGCGUAAAUGGGGACCUGUGUAUAUGGAACUACUUACCUUGGGACAUUUGAGAGCCUUUCCAGACUCCAGUCCACCGAACUGAAAUUUGUGCAUGUGAACCCAAUAACAUCCAUGUCAGUAUGAAUCUUUUUUCUGGUAGGUUAGGAACACUUGUGAAGUUUUUGUAAUUUUACCAAUCCUUCAGGAGCAGACAUCAGCAUCGCCCAAUGUAUAUCUGAUGAGUUGUGAUUUCCACUGUACGUGUGAAUUGAGGACCAAGUUACUGUGGUAUAUGUUUACAGUCUAUGGUAUACUGUAGCUACUCUCCAGGGAAUAUAAAUAUAUGUAUACAAUAAGAGCACAAAAAAUAUUUAUGUGUAUAACUAAAGCACAAUAAAAGUGCAACACCUAAGCCGAGGAGGAAGAAGAAAAGCCAAUGUUCAUGGUAGAGCGUGCGGCUUAUUUAUGAGGCCUGGGAAUCAGAGAUUAAAUAGGACUUGGACUUUCUGAUUUUGAUUUAUGUGCCUAUAAACAGGCCCAGGUAUAUCACUGAUACCUAAGGAGAACAUGCCAUUGGCGCAAACAAGGAAGCCCUGGGAAGUAGGGGUCUGUUUAUAAUAGAUGUGGUCCAGGUGGGUGCUUGGUUAUGAGUAGUGUUCUGUCUGACCCCAGCUAGAGAAUUCAGGAAAUCAAAAAGGCUGCUCUUUACCUGCAUGUGUGUAUAAGUGAAUACACACAUGUGUUUGCACUUGGGCAAAAGUUUAAUGGGGGGGCAAAAAUGUUACAUGCACAGGGGGCCUUUGAUGACUAUGAACACCACUGUUGGCAUCUGUACACUAUGAUAUGUUAAAGUGGGCCUAUUCUUAAAACUCACAUUAAACAUGAAUCUGUAAGGCACAUGUCAACAUUACCAAAUGACAAUAUCAUUCAUAGGUGUUUGCACAGGGUGUGCCGUUUGUGCCUGGGCACACCCUAAAAACCUAGUGCGCAUUAGCAUUAUCACUCUGUGUAGCAGUGGGGAGAUGGGAAAGAUCUCCCUCUUACCGACUCUACCAUAAGAGAACUGCUUACACACGCCUCUUUCACUGUGCCGGCAGGGAGAGCAAUGUGCCAGGGCCAUAUAUAUAGACACACACGCAUGUGUGUUUGAGCUUUGGCGUGAAAAUCCAAAUGCAAUAGGCUGUGCACCCCUAUGAUAUCAUUAUUAUGCCAAGUAGGCAAAUUAUUUUGUACAUGAGUAGAAAAAACUGUUGCUCUAGAGCUACUGCAAUUAAAAGAAAGUCAAGGCAAAUGGUCUCUGGUUACCAAGGUGGUAGUCAAAACAUCUGUUAUAAGU